GGAACAUUCCAAGAUCCUAUCAAAUCUUGAUAACCAAAAUCAGAAUACUGAAGCAGAGUCAAAAAUGAAGAGUUUAAUCAAGAAAUUUUGGAAAAUUCAAAUAUUUGUUUAUGAACAUGCUGAAGAACUGAAAGCACAAAAGCACAUUUAUCAGCUUUAUAGAGAUUUGGAAAAUGAGCGGAUUUGGACUCAUGAAAAACUUCUUUUAGCCGAUAACACUUAUAUUGGUCGCUCCUUAUUUGCUGUAAAUCAGCUGAUCAGGCAACAUCGAUUACUCAUAAAAGAAAUAGCCAAUAGGACAAAUAGAAUGGAAAUGGAGAUACAAGUGGGAUGCAGAUCAUAUUAUUACGAAAUUUCAGUCAACGUUUGAAGUAGUCAUAGAUGAUUAUUGUAAAACAACUCAGCAAUCGAAAGUUAGACCGUCUGAGAAAACAAUUACCAUUCAAACAGACGAUAAUUAUAUUCAAAUUGAAUUAUCAACUGAUAUAGGUGUAAAAUAUAAAAUCCCUAGGAAAAUUCUUAUCGAUUUGCACAUGUUACUUAUAGAAUUGCGUCAUGAUUUAAAAAACCUAGUUGAUAGAAUGUCCAAACGUACUGAACGAUUAAAUAUAGGCUUUCAAUGUUUUACACAUCUUGGUGAAUUCGCAGAACUACGCAGCUGGUUACAAGAGUGUGAAGAUAUGUUACUUUUGGAAUCAAGAGCCAGUCGUGACACGAUUACAGCUAAAACUGAACUUAAAAAACAUGCUCAUAUUGAAUUUCGUGUAAAUACGCUGUUAGCAAAUUGCGUUUGUGAUUUCAAUCAUAAAUCAUUAAAACUAAUAAAUGAAUUUUUGGGACGCAAAGAAAAAUACAAAAACCAACUGGACUUAAUUAAAACAAAUGAAAAUCUAGAAAACGUUGUUGAGCAAUUGUCUGGAAUGCAAGCUGAGAAGUGGACUGCUCAAAGUCAAUUGUCACAGUCUAUUCUGCGAGAUGAAAAUAUGAAUAAAGUAAAACAAAGUUCAUUUGAGAAUUUAAUAAAUCGUCGUAAACUUCGUAGUCAAAUUAAACAAAUACGUAAACGUAUUCAAGUUAUACAGUCUAUUCAACGAAUUAUGGACCGUCAAUAUGCAAGUCUAUUGGAUGUUUGCGUACAGAAACGUCAGCGUUUAGAAGAAAUUCUAUCCUUGAGCAUUGUUUAUGAAGAAGUUUCAGAAUUGAAAAAUUGGUUAAAUCAGCAAAUCACUAUAGCUUCUUCAACAUACACUGGUCGAAGUUUGAAUGAAUGUGUACGUAUUAUCAAUCGCUUCGUGCAUUUUGGUGAAAAUCUUCUAGGUGAAUCUUUUACAUCAUUUGUAGAAGUUGAACUACAUUCAUUUGAUCCUAUUUCAACAGUAUAUACCAUGAACAUAACUGAUCAAUUUGUACAUACAUCUGGUUUAGCUUCUGAACGUACUGCAAGAGUUAUGAAUAUGUGUCGUUGUUUAAUACGUACAAAGCAUUCAGAUUCUCCACGUAUUGCAUUUUGGCAAGAUAUUAUUUCAGAAACAUGGGCGGAUUUACGUGAAUUAAUUUGUUCACGAGUUAAAUUAUUAAUUUCAGCUGCUCAUCGAUUUAUUUUUAUAAUUCGUUGCUCUGAAACUUUGAAACUUGUUCAAGAAAAAUCGGAUCAACUGUCUCAAUCCAUUGGUAAAGACGUACAAGCCAUUUGUAAACAACUUUCGUUGUUAUCUGCAUUUGAACAAGAUGUCCAAGCUCUUGAACCACUAAUUAAUUGGGUAGAAAAAGCAGCGGAUUAUCUUCUUCCUCUAUAUUCUGGUAAUUGGAUUAAACGUUUAAAAAAACCACGUGAUAUUCUUCUCUCUGUCUGGUAUCAACUUAAAGAUAAAACUCAUCUUCGUCGUAUCAGAUUAAAACGUGCUAUUGCAUUAUAUCGUUGGAUAACCAAUUUAGAUAGUCUUUUCAAUUGGAUUCAACAAUGUCAAAAAGAAUUAGAACGUAUUGAAAUGGAUAUAUGGAAUAUGAAUCCACCACAAUCUACUGUCAUUAAGAAAUCGAAUCACAUUACAACUGAGAAUAUAAAAUUUGCCAUUGGUCAAGCACUUCAGUUGCGAGCCGAACUAAAUGCUAGAGAUGACAAAGUCAAGUCAUAUUUAGAAGAAGGUAAAAGACUGAAAGCUUCAUUCAAACAACAUUUGAUGCAAUAUGAUAGGUCAAGAUAUGAAAAGUGCCAUCAGCCAUACGAAAUGUCUCAGUUAUAUUCGAAAAUAGCAAUGGGAAAACAACAUGGAACUAAUAAUCCAGCUGAUGAAAUACAAAUUUGUAAGAUCAGUGAACAGCGGAAAAAGUUACGGAAUAAUACCUUACAAAAUGUGAAUGUUACUGACAAGCAUUGUAUUAUAGAAAAAGCUGAACAACACAGUCGAAUCGCAACAGUUAGAUCAAUUUCCUCUGAUCCUCACCUUGAAUCUGUGAGGUUAAAUGCAAAUUACAGUCAAAAGUCAGAUUCAUCAUCUAUGGCAUUAAAUCAACUGGAUUUACAAAAUGAGAGUGAUAUGAGCAAUGAAGAAGACCAAAUAAUAACAGAUCUUCAGUUACGUAUGACACGAUUAGUAACAUCAUGGUAUAAUUUGCACAAGAAAUGGCAUCAAAUAUAUGAACGACUAGAAUUACAACUUAGUAUUAAUGAAUUUGCAAGUGUCGCAGAUUCUUUGGAACAUUGGCUGGUACUUCAUUCAGCAGAAGUGGAAUGUUUAGAUAUGGGUGAUUCUAUCAAGGAAACACAAAUAUUAAUUGAUCGAUUAAAUGUCUUGGAACGGAAUACUUUGCCACAAAUCAGCAGAUAUGAAAAAGUUAAACAACUUACAAAGUUUGAACUCACUGAGAUCAAUGAAAAUAUGCUGAAUGUGCCAAUAAGUUGUGUGAAUAUUGUUCACAGUCCGGAUCUAGAAAAUAUACAAACACUUUUAAAUUACUAUGAAUUGAACGAAACAGAUGCAUCAAAUGAUCUCGAUGAUUCUAAGCAGAAUGUCGACACGAUGACAGAUGAGAAUUUAAAGGAUACUACUGAUUCACCUGAAGUUAGUUGGGAGGUGGCAGAAGAUUCUAUAAGUGACUAUUUAAUGAGAAAACACGAGUGGAUUAAUCAUAAUUGUAAAUCUCGCGAUCGUUCCUGGUAUGAACUAUAUAUGGUCUUAAAUACAUCAGUUAAACAGCUGUUAGCCUAUAAAAACAAAUCUGAUUACAAUGAAUAUAAUCCUCAAUCCAAUACAUUUCGUGGAGAAACUGGAUUAUUGGUGGGACAGAAUCUAUUAACUGCUUGUGAAACAAAGGAUUAUACGAAACGAUCCAAUACUUUUCGCAUUACAUCUACGGCUACCGGAGCUCGGUAUCUAUUCCAAGCUCAAACCAGUGAAAUUAUGAGAAAGUGGCUUGAUUUAAUUCAAAAUAUCAACCGGCAAACGAGAUCAACAUCAGGUCCAACCCUCAUCACUUUAUCGAGACCAUCUGAAGAAUUCCAGAAUCCUUUAGUCAUUGUAGAUAUGCAUGAAACAUUGACUACAUCGAAAAAAUUAACUUCAACACAAAUGUUUAGAUCAAAGACAACUAAUCAAAUAUCAUGCAUGCGAAGACAUAGUUCAACCCAGGAUAAUGAUCUUACAAAUAAUAUGUUAGAGAACACAGAAUCACCACAAAUUCGAAUGAAACGAUUUCCUUCAGUGCGCACAAUGAAAGUAUUUUCACCAAGACAAGUAGUACGUUGGCUGACAUUUAAAUAUUCUUCAUUUUCACCCUCAUCCUCCUCCGGUAUGAGUCAUCAAACGCCUAAAUUGAUUAGAAGUAGUACAUCACAUAAUAUGGAAUCUGAACAGUCUGGUCAACCAACUCCAGUACUACGCAAAAGUUUAACUUAUGGUUCCUUGCAUAAAAUUAGUCGAUUUUCCAUUACACCAAAGAGUCAUAAAGAUACAUGACAUGGAUAUCAUUAGAAUUGGUGUGUAAAAUACAUAUCGACAAUAACAUUUGAUUAUCGUUAAUGUCCCACCACCACCACCAAAAAAAUGAUAAUUUUUAAUUUAGUUUAUAAGGUAUUAGCAACUAUUCAAUAAAGAGAAUACUUCAUUGAGCCUUUAAAUGUUUAGGUCUAUAUAUAUUCCAAUUAUGAACAAUAAACAAAUGAUUUAUAUUUACAUUUCAAUAAAAGUUAUUUCACAGUU